AUGUCUAAGCCAGGAGCCAGCAGCGUGGUAGAUAAAAAGGCAAUGACUGGCGAUGGAAGAGACGAGAACUCGCUGGGAUCAAUGGCAGAGAAAAGCGAUCUGAAAGUUCAACGGAAGCAAGGAAUCGUCUGGAGGAAUGUCAUCCUCAUGGCCUUGCUCCAUGUUGGUGCUGUUUAUUCACUCUUCCUUAUCCCCAAGGCCCAUCUGUUUACUCUGAUCUGGGCAUACCUGUGUUUCCUAGUGACUGCCUUGGGAGUGACAGCAGGUGCCCAUCGUCUGUGGAGUCAUCGAUCCUACAAAGCCAAGCUGCCUUUGCGGAUAUUCCUGGCCGUGGCCAAUUCUAUGGCAUUUCAGAAUGACAUCUUCGAAUGGUGUCGAGACCACCGAGUGCAUCACAAGUACUCUGAGACAGAUGCUGACCCUCACAAUGCUAAGCGUGGCUUCUUCUUCUCCCACAUUGGCUGGCUCUUUGUCCGGAAGCAUCGAGACGUCAUUGAGAAAGGAAGGAAGUUGGACUUCAGUGACCUGUUGGAUGACCCUGUCGUUAGGUUUCAAAGAAAACACUAUAAGAGUUCAGUUGUGCUGAUGUGUUUUGUUAUUCCUACUCUUGUGCCUUGGUACUUCUGGGGGGAGAGCUUGUGGAAUUCGUACUUUCUUGCUUCCAUCCUCCGCUACACCAUUUCGCUCAAUGUCGCUUGGUUGGUUAAUAGCGCUGCCCACAUGUAUGGCAAUCGGCCUUAUGACAAGAAUAUCAACCCUCGGCAGAAUACAUUAGUCUCUUUCGGAGCCAUCGGUGAAGGGUUCCACAAUUUCCACCACACUUUUCCUUUUGAUUAUUCAGCUAGUGAGCUCGGCUUGAAAUUCAACCCCACCACAUGGUUCAUUGACUUCAUGUUUUGGUUAGGUCUGGUCACAGAAAGGAAGCAGGUUCCAAGGGAGAUGAUCCAAGCUCGCAAAGAGAAGACUGGAGACGGCAGCUAUUGAGAUAUCAAGGGAGUCUCUGAACACUGAUGGGGUUGUAUGUGUUGUUUGUCUGUUUCUUCAUGGGGAGGGGGGCUUCUUACCCUUUCCCCCCCUUAGAAUGGGAGUAGUAAUUUUCAUUGAACAUAGGCCAAAUUAAUUCCUGGAUUAAUUCCAUUUUCUCUAGUGCAGUGGUUUUCAAAUUUUCUGUUGGCAGGCAACUCUUUUGACAUUAAUUCACCUUUACAUGUUGCAGAGAAUUCUGGGGCAUGUUGUAAUGUCAAGCUAGGAAGUCUUCAUGCUUGCAAGACGUACUUUGCUUUUUACUAGAAUCCUGUGAUGCACCAACCUACACCAAAAUAGUGGGGUGG